AGGCCCCGAAUGGGUGGGAGGGGCCCGUUCGUCUUCUCCAGUAACGCAGGAGGGAGGAGCUCGUGGCGGCGGCGCCGCCACCGCACCGGCCGGCGGUGGGGACGCACGGCGAGGGACCCGGUCAAUUUUUCCCAAAACAAAAAGCGUUCAAAUCCUCACCACCUCCCAUCUCUCUCUCUCUUGACCUCACGAAUCCCCUUUGCCGCGAGCAACCCGCGACCUCCCUCCCUCCGCGGCCACACGAGGAUUCUACCUUUUCUUCCGCAGCUGUCUAUCUACCGCCAUGGAGCACUGAAGCCCCAAGCAUCCAAAUCACAUUGAAAUCCUUCCAUUUAGAUCACCUGUAGAUAUUUGCAUCAUCUGGACUCAAGACUCCAUUCCAUUUUGCAGUGGCCUUUUGCUUUCAACUCAAUCUCAAGAGUGUAAUUAACUUGGAAAUAAAGACAGGUGACUUAUUGUGAAACCAGCAGGUGGAGGAGGUGGCUGCCGCUUGUUUCCAAUACAGCAGAGAGAGAGAGCAGAAGAGCCCCCAAUCAAAUCCAGCUGACGCGGUGUCCAUCAAUUAAUAACAGAAAGAAGAAGAGGAUCCGGUUGCCACCCAACCACCUCCCCCCUCCCCCUCCCUUGUUUAUAUAAACCCGACCGCACCCUGGCGCCAGCCAUGUCAUCAUCAUCCACCCCCACCGGAGCAGCAGCCGACGAUCUCGCCGCCGCCAACGCCAACGCCAAGGAGUGCGUGUUCUGCGAGAUGACGCGGCAGCACCACCCGCAAUGCGCGCGGCGGCUCCCGAAGCGGAUCAUCCUGGUGCGCCACGGCGAGAGCCAGGGGAACCUCGACAUGUCCGCCUACACCACCACGCCCGACUACCGCAUCCCGCUCACCCCGCUCGGCGUCGACCAGGCCCGCGCCGCCGGGAAGGGCAUCCUCGACGUCGUCUCCUCCGCCGCCAACUGGAAGGUCUACUUCUACGUCUCCCCCUACGAGCGCACCCGCGCCACGCUCCGCGAGAUCGGCGCCGCCUUCCCCCGCCACCGCGUCAUCGGCGCCCGCGAGGAGUGCCGCGUCCGCGAGCAGGACUUCGGCAACUUCCAGGUCGAGGAGCGCAUGCGCGCCGUCAAGGAGACCCGCGACCGCUUCGGCCGCUUCUUCUUCCGCUUCCCCGAGGGCGAGUCCGCCGCCGACGUCUUCGACCGCGUCGCCAGUUUCUUGGAGUCGCUGUGGAGGGACAUAGACAUGGGGAGGCUGGAGCAGGACGCGAGCUGCGAGACCAACCUGGUGAUCGUCUCCCAUGGCCUCACCUCGCGGGUCUUCCUCAUGAAGUGGUUCAAGUGGACGGUGGACCAGUUCGAGCGCCUCAACAACUUCGACAACUGCGAGUUCAGGGUCAUGCAGCUCGGCCCCGCCGGCGAGUACAGCCUCCUCAUCCACCACACCAAGGAGGAGCUCCAGCGCUGGGGCCUCUCCCCGGAGAUGAUCGCCGACCAGCAGUGGCGCGCCUCCGCCAACCGCCGCAGCUGGGCCGACGAGUGCUCCUCCUUCCUCGCCACCUUCUUCGACCACUGGAACGAAGACGACAAUGACGACGACGACGAUGGCAAGGAGGAAAAUGGCAAGACCAACAAGUUGCUCGAGUAAUAAUCUUGCUGCUUGCCUCUACUUGCUCUUUCUUUAGAAAUUCCGUUUAAAAUUCUUUGGAAUUUGAUUCGAUUGGUACUACUAGUGUAUUUCUCCAUUGGGGCGAUGCAAUGUACUCCCCUUUGCUGAUUCUUUUCUGUUUGAUCUGUAGCCUGUUCAUACAUAGUUGCUAGAUACUACAUUGAUAAAUACUAUAUAUGAUUUGGGGAAAUGAAGCAAACGAUUUGACUAUCAAAAGGAAUCAUUGCCUAUAUUCUGAUAAA